ACUCAAGGCGUGACCUUGCACGCGCUCCGCCGAAGCAGCGGAAACUAGCUUCCCAUUGGCUGGAAAGCGCCGCGGCCGGACAAAGUAGUCGUCCCUCGUUUUAAGAUGGCAGUGAGGGGUGUUUCUCGGCGUGUCUUCGAGGUCUUUGUUAGGCGAAUACCCUGGAACAUGGAGGAAAAUGAACUACGAGAAUAUUUUACUCAAUUUGGACCUGUGAAGAAAUGCAUCCUGCCAUUUAAUGUACAAACAGGAUUCCAUAAAGGUUUUGGCUGGAUUGGAUUUGCUACAGAAGAAAGUCGCAAUAACGCUUUGUUGAAAGAUCAUACUUUUGAAGGGUCACAGGUAAUUUCAGUUCUUUUAAGAUAUAUCAGGUACCUCUCUUUAUUUCAAAGAAAGCUUCAUUAGUCUGUUAUUUAUACACAUUUAAGAAAACCCAGUUUCUACAGUUAAGAAGUAACAGUUAAAUGCAGGAUAUACAAAGCAUUUUGGGUGUGGACUGUCCAUGGUAGAAUCAAAAUGUACAUUCUGAGAUGGCAGACAGCAAGGAAAAGAGAAAGCCAACAAUGAUAAAAGGCAACAGCAAAGGGAAGGAAGACAUUGGGACAAUUGGUAGAAAGAACUGGCAUGCUGGCUGGAGCAUAGACAUUGUUAUGCUUGAAUUCAUGUAAGGUUGUUGCAACAACCAAAGGAGAAGAAGAGGCUGGGGCUUCAAUGAUAAGAGGAAGGAACAUGUAGGUGUGAUAAAAGGAAAAGAGGAACAGAAUGUAGCGGCCUGCCUCUACUUGUCCUGCAAGACAAUCCAUAAUUUGUUUUGGCUAAAACCUACAACAAAGCAACUCCAAAUGUUGGGAUAAUCUACCCAGAAUAGGUCUUAUAAUGGUGUUUUUUCUGCGCAUGGGACAAGAUAAACGUUCCAUAUCAUGCACAUCUCUAAUUAAAGGUACACUGCUAAAGGGAUAGCUUGUUCAAUGUGUAUCCACAUCUGAAAGGUAUACAGUAGUAAUCUGCAUACAUAAUGCAGACUAUAUUCUUUAACAGUGGAAAUAUUAAUAUAGUCCAGAUAUUUAUUUUGGUUACAAAAAUUGAAAAUGUGUAUUGAGUUAUUUUUUUGUAUUAUCUUUCAGCUUGAAGUUAAACGUCAAGAAGACAAAACAGUCAGAUGAAAUACUUGCUAAUACAAAUUAAAAGGAAGGAGCCUUUAUUUAAUUGCUGUGUAAAGAAAUUAAAAUAAACUUUGGUAUGUAUAUAUUCAUCUUA